AUGGAUUCAGAUGCCAUGUCCGAUCCCGCCUUCAGCCUGGGCGAGGAAUCAGACGGCUAUGUUCCUCAAAAGACUCUGGCCGCAACUCGCAACAUGAGCAUGUCAGGCCCAAACCCAGCGUCGGGCCUGUACCCUGGCGCAAGACCAACUCAGACAUGCACGACCAAGCUGCUAACGACUCCCCACCAGAAGGCAAAGCCCAAGGCGGCGGCAAAACCCGCUGCCAAGGCCACGGGCAAGAAACUUACGCAAACCACCUUGAAGACGAAAGCAGCAGCCAAAAGACCCAAGCCGGACAGCGACGAUGGAGAUUCUUUCGGAGGCAGCUCAGAGAGCUUUUCACAUACCCCGCCGAGUUCCAAGAAGCAGAAGAAGGCGCCGCCGCCGAAGAAGUCUGGCGGUGUCCCCCUUGCGGAGCUUGAGAACGACAGUGUCAUCAUUGACGUUCCACCAGCCAAAUCGACAUCAAAGUCCUCAAAAACCGCCACAGAGACGUACCAAAAGCUCACACAACUUGAACACAUCAUCAAGCGGCCUGACACGUACAUCGGAUCAGUCGAGAAGACGGAUCAGCAGAUUUGGGUGUACAACAAGACAACAUCACAAAUGGAGUACAAGAACAUUAGCUUCGUCCCAGGCUUCUACAAGAUCUUUGACGAAAUCAUGGUCAACGCAGCUGAUAACAAGCAGCGUGAGGGCAGUGGUAUGACCUACAUGAAGGUCGUCAUCAAUCGAGAAACUGGAGAGAUUAGCGUUGAAAACAAUGGCAAAGGCAUCCCAAUCGAAAUCCAUGAAAAGGAGAAGAUUUAUAUUCCCGAGCUAAUUUUCGGCCACCUCUUGGCUGGUUCCAAUUUUGACGAUGACGAGAAAAAGACUGUUGGUGGACGCAACGGUUAUGGUGCCAAGCUUUGUAACGUAUUCAGCAAAGAAUUCACUCUGGAAUGUCAAGAUGCUGGGAAUGGUAAGAGAUAUAAGCAGACGUGGACAGACAACAUGCAGAAAAUGCAAAAGGCCAAGAUCACUUCAAGCAAAACUGCAGACUUCGUCCGCGUCACCUUCAAGCCAGACUACGAACGGUUUGGAAUGUCAGAGGGCAUUGAUGACGACCUAGAAUCUCUUCUCUACCGUCGAGUGUACGACAUGGCGGGAACAGUCCGUGGUGUUAAGGUAUACUUGAAUGGCGAGCAAAUCAAGCUCAACACCUUCAAAGCGUACUGCGACCUCUAUGCAAAGUCCAUCGCCGCUGAGCGAACCGCAGAAGAAGGCGGUACUCCCACAUGCACCGUCGAGAUCGACAAGGAGAAGUCGCAUCCUCGAUGGGAAGUUGGAUUCACGGUUUCUGAUGGAACCUUUCAACAAGUAUCAUUCGUCAACUCCAUCGCGACGACCACGGGAGGCACCCACGUCAACUACAUUGCUGAUCAAAUUACGGCCUCGCUCCUCAAAGCGCUCGACAAGAGGAAGAAGGGCCAUAGUCUAAAGCAGAGCCAUCUCCGAAGCCACAUUUUUAUCUUCAUCAACUGCUUGAUCGAUAACCCGGCUUUCAACUCCCAGACCAAGGAGCAGAUGACGACCAAAGUGAGCCAAUUUGGUAGCAAGUGUGUUCUCGGCGACGCUUUCUUAAAAGCGAUUGCAAAAUCAGAUGCUAUCGAGAACAUCAUGGAAUUUGCUCAAAAGAAAGCUGAUAAAAUGCUGGCAAAAAGCGACGGAAGCAAGAGAGCAAGAGUCAGCAAUGCGAAGCUCGUCGAAGCCAACCUGGCAGGCACCCGGCGCGGCCAUGAGUGUACCCUUAUUUUGACAGAAGGUGAUUCCGCCAAGGGUCUUGCUGUCUCUGGGAGAGCCAUUCUGGACCCUGAUAAAAUUGGUGUUUUCCCCCUCCGAGGUAAACUACUUAAUGUCCGUGACGCUUCGCUAGAUCAGAUCACCAAGAACCAGGAAAUUCAAAACAUCAAGCAAUUCUUGGGCUUAAAACAUAAACAAGUAUACACGGACACAAAGAGUCUCCGCUAUGGUCACCUUAUGAUUAUGACGGAUCAGGAUCACGACGGCAGUCAUAUCAAGGGCCUCCUUAUUAACUUUCUUCAAGUUCAGUUCCCCUCCCUACUGAAGAUUCCGAAAUUCCUCCAAGAAUUCAUCACGCCCAUUGUCAAGGUCUGGCAAGGUCCCGACCCGAAGAAGCCUUUGAGACUCAAGUCCUUCUUCACUCAGCCGCAGUAUGAGGAAUGGAAGGAGUCGCACAAGGCAGAGUUGUCGAAAUGGGAGUCCAAGUACUUCAAGGGGUUAGGAACAAGUUCCAGUGAAGAUGCCCAGGUCUAUUUCACCAACCUUGAUAAUCACCUGAAAGAGUUUGAAGUUAUGAAGUCUGAAGAAGCUGAGCUAUUUGACCUUGUUUUCUCGAAAAAGAAGGCAGACGCUCGAAAAGAAUGGCUCGGCAAUUUCAUCCCAGGCACUUUCCUAGAUCACACCACGAAGGAGAUCACCUACACAGACUUUGUUGGCAAGGAGCUCAUUCUAUUCAGCAUGGCCGAUAACUUGCGUUCAAUACCGUCCGUGAUUGAUGGUUUGAAACCCGGACAACGAAAAGUUCUCUACGCCUGUUUUAAACGAAAUUUGACCAAGGAUAAGAAGGUUGCGGAACUUUCUGGUUAUGUGUCUGAGCAGACGGCGUAUCACCACGGCGAAGCUUCCUUGCAGCAGACGAUCAUUGGAUUGGCGCAGGACUUUGUCGGCUCCAACAACAUCAAUGUCCUGGAACCUAGCGGUAACUUUGGUUCUCGUCUCGCUGGUGGUUCUGAUGCUGCUAGUCCUCGUUACACCUACACGCGAUUGGCUCCAUUUGCAAAGAAGAUCUUUUCUCCCCUGGAUGAAGCCAGUUUGAAGCACCAGUAUGAAGAUGGCAAGCGUAUUGAACCCGAGGUCUACGCGCCUAUUAUACCCAUGGUUCUUGUCAAUGGCGCUGACGGUAUCGGAACUGGAUGGAGCACAACAAUCCCGAACUACCAUCCCGAAGAUAUUGUCAAGAACUUGAGGCGUCGCAUGGGUCGUUUAGAUGGAGACGAUACGGAGGAGAAGCCUUUCGAGACAAUGACUCCCUGGUUCAGAGGCUGGAAGGGCAGUCCUGAAGCGGCCGGCCCCGAUAGAUAUAAGUUCAACGGUAUCGCCUAUCAGAAUGACCAGAAUCCCAAUGAAAUCAUCAUCACGGAAUUACCAAUCCGCAUGUGGACCGAUGACUUCAAAGCAAAACUCGAAAAGGUCAUCAGCGGCACAGAUGGCCCUACCUGGAUCAAAGACUACAAGGAAUUCAACGACCACAAGACUGUUCACUUUGAAAUCAUGGUGGACGAGAAGCACUUGCCCAAGAUUCUUGAGGAGGGAUUGCUUGAAAGAUUCAAGCUCACUAAGCAAGUUGCCACGUCGAACAUGGUUGCGUUUGAUACGAGAGGUCAAAUCCGAAAAUAUGAAAAGGUUGAGGACAUAUUGGAAGAAUACUAUGUUUACAGACUUCAAAUGUAUGAUGAACGAAAGCAACACUGGCUUCAGGUAUAUUUUAACGACCUCGAAAAGCUGAAAAAUCAGUACCGCUUCAUCAAAGAAAUCAUCGACGGGGACUUGAUUGUGGGGAGGAAGAAGAAGGCUGUGCUGGUGUCAGAGCUUCGUGACCGCAAAUACAAAGCCUUCCCACCAGGAGGCCAGAAAGAAAAGACAACGGACGAUGAAACGAACGAGUCUGACAAGGAAGAUGGCGACGGUGACGACAAGGUCACAGCGGCCGGUGCUCGCGACUACGAUUAUCUACUCUCGAUGCCAAUCUGGUCGCUUACUGAGGAACGACUUGAGAAGCUAAAGGAAGCUAUCAAUAGAAAGAAGGGUGAAAUCGAUGACCUGUCCGCCAAGAGUGAAAAAGAUCUUUGGUGUGAAGAUUUGGAUGCUUUCAUGGCCGAGUGGAACACUCAACUGGCUCUCGAGCGAGAACUGCAAACCAAGAUCCGCCGCAUGGGGCGACGUGAGUCCAAGAAGAUUGGUGCAGGUCGCAAUCGCAAGGGCAAGGAUGAUGAUGACUAUGCGCCUGAAAAGAAAUCCAGGGCCAAGGGCAAAGCGGCAGCGGCAAAGGCAGCGCCAAAAGUCAAGACCGAGACCAAGAGCGCUCAAAGAUUCGCUGACAUGUUUAGCUCACAGACGAAGAAGGAGCCAAGGGAUGAUGUCAAGGAUUUGUCUGAUAAUUUCUCUGACGAUGACUUUGCAGCUCUUGGCAGAAACAAACCUUCGUCUACAAGGGCGGCAGAGCUGUCCCAGUCUGCUUCGCAAUCCCAAGCUGAAGAAGCAGCGGUUCCAAGGCCUACUAAGAGGGCAGCCGCUUCCAAAGCCAAGACCUUGUUUGAAGUCUCCUCCGACAGUGAUGCAGAAGACUUGGAAAUGAUUGGCGAUAUAGGAUCGAUGGUAAAGGGAAUCGGCAAGUCUGGUGGCGACGCGAGUGGACGACUGAGCUUAUAUGCUAUGAACCGACCAGAGUCCAGCCAGGGCAAUGGCGGCUCUGGUAGUCUACAGAAGCUGAAGACAAAGGCGUCAAAGACGUCGAUGGAUAUUGACAGUCACGAUGAGACCAACUACGAGAUGCUGGCAAAGUCGUCUCCUCACAAGAUCAAGGAUGAGGAAGACGCAGUUGGGGACUCGGACGAUGAGCUGGCGGCAGACGCAGCCGCAUCAGCAACCGACAGUGGUUUGGUUGCGGUCAAGAAGGCUCGCGCCAAGCCCGUAGCUUCCAGGACCAAGGCCAAACCUGAGCCAAAGCCGAGGGCGAAAGCGACGGCACUGUCGCCCGCCGCCAAGGCUUACGCGGCUAGGAAGAAAGUCGUUGGUGUGAAGAAGAGCGCGCUGGAGGACUCAGAAGACGGAAUGGAUGAGCCGCAAUCACCCGCACCGAAACCCAAACCUGCGGCUCGCGGCCGGCCCGGCCGGGCCGCGGCGGCCAAACGACCAGUCAUUAUAGACGAGGAUUCAUCGUUGAUACAAGACGAGAGCGACGAUCCGUUUGAAAUGGAUGACGACUGA